AUGGCAAAGGCUGAUACAGCUGGUCGCCCAGUGCGUAUUUAUGCAGAUGGCAUAUACGAUCUGUUCCAUCACGGUCAUGCGAAUCAACUGAGGCAGGCAAAAAACAGCUUCCCAAAUGUUUAUCUGAUAGUUGGCGUAUGUGGCGAUAAGAACACGCAUAAGUACAAAGGUCGCACGGUCACGUCAGAAGAGGAGAGAUAUGAAGGAGUGCGCCAUUGUCGCUACGUAGAUGAAGUUUAUCGGGAUGCGCCUUGGUUUUGCACGGUGGAAUUUUUGAAGGAACUGAAGGUAGACUUCAUCGCCCAUGAUGCAAUACCAUAUGUUGCGCCAGGAGAGGAAGACCUUUACGAAAAAUUCAGGAAGGAAGAAAUGUUCAUUGAGACGCAACGAACAGAAGGAGUUUCAACUAGCGAUGUUGUGUGUCGUAUAUCGCUGACUAUGACAACAGAUUGUCGCAACGAAAUCUCCAGCGAGGAUACUCGGCGAAGGAGCUGA